CAUUCACUCAGCUGCACCUGCUGGCACGGAGCAGCCAUGGCGGCCAGGAGGUGUGACAGCGUGCUGGUGACCGGGGCGAACCGCGGGAUCGGGCUGGAGCUGGUGAGGCAGCUGGCAGAGGCGUCCUGCCCGCCCACCCUGAUCUUCGCUGGGUGCCGAGACCCCGCCGGACCCCGGGCAAAGGACUUGAGAGACAUCGCAGAGAAGCACUCAAACCUGGUGACCAUCAUCCGCCUGGACACCUCAGACCCAGAGAGCAUUAGACAGGCUGCCGGGGAGGUGGGGAGCAGGCUGGCGGGCAGGGGCCUGGAUCUGCUGAUAAACAACGCCGGGGUGAACACUCCAGGCCAGCUGAGGGACACCGGCAUGAAGGACAUGGUGGAUGUGUUCGUCACCAACACGGUGGGACCCCUGCUUGUCACCAAGGACUUCCUGCCGUACCUGCAGAGGGCUGCCUCCCAGCCUGGCUCAGGGGUGGGAAUGGCCUGCACCACCCCCCUCGUAAUCAACGUCUCCACCCUGCUGUCAUCCAUGGAGAAAUGCCCUGAGACCUUCAGCAUAGCGCCCAUGUACCCCUACCGCGCCAGCAAGGCUGCUCUUAACAUGCUGACCUGCUGCUUGGCAGAGGAGUUUAAGAAGGACAGGAUAGUGGUCACAGCCAUCCACCCUGGCUGGGUCAAGACCGACAUGGGUGGCCCAGAGGCCCCGGUGGCGGUGGUGGACAGCGCGAAAGGCAUGCUGCGAGUCAUCUCUACCCUCACCGACAAACACAGCGGGAUGCUGCUGGACUGGGAGGGGAACAGCAUCCCCUGGUGAGGGUCCGGCAUGCCAGCCAUCCUGCAACUGGAGGGGCUGGGGGCAUUCCUUAAUAAAAUAAAAUAAAACAAACA